UUAACGAAGUAUUCAUGAAGUACCAUAAAGUUUGCGGUCCAAGAUGUCGGACUCAAAUAAUGAAGAAGAAACGUUGCAACAAAAUCAAGAUGAGAAUGCAACAAAUACCAGCCAGGAAGCGUUUAUUCCUACAAAGAUUUCAUCAAAUCAGGUGAGCUACAAUUGGGUGAACAUCACAGAAGAAUUUUGCCAUGCAACAAGUGAAUUAAAGCUUGGGGAGCUUGUGCAUGACCAUACAUUUGGCUUGUUUGAAGCAAUGUCUGCCAUUGAAAUGAUGGAUCCCAAAAUGGAUGCAGGGAUGAUCUUUAGUAAGGAUAAAGAUAUCCUGUCGUUUAAGGAAGCUUUGAAGCUUGGAAGAAUAAAAAUAAAAGAUUUCACAGCUGAAGAAGUGGUUGGGAUUAUGGAUGAAUUGACCUCUUGUUUGGUCACAUGGUUGGAUGGCCAUUCUUUAAUUCAGACUGUGUUUAUUUGUCUUUAUGUUCAUGACCCAUAUGUCAUAGAGGAUCCUUGUGUUAAGGCUUUCUGUGUUGUCAUUUUACGCCUUUGUGAAAUAAUAAGAAACAUCAUUAACAGAGCAUCUGUCUAUGAAGAGGAGGACUUUCAACCAAUGACAUAUGGUUUUAAAUUGAUAUCACAAGUCACAGAUUUGAGAGUUUCAGGAAUGCUAAAAGAAGCUGAAGAUGAAGUCAAUCGCAAGUUAAAGGUUGCAAAAAGUCAAAGAGCAUCUGGUCAAUCAACAGCACUUUCCAAAGAGAUGAAGGAACUAGAAGCACUCUGGUUUCGUUUGAAAUUCUGGAAAUCUUUUCACACUGCGGUUGCACAUUUAGAAAAAGCUGAUGUCACAAGUCUUGGCAUGGCAAGACAGUUAUUUAUUUCUUCUUUGAAACAUUUAAGUUUGGCUAAAGAAACGGUGGAUCUAGGCUUGCAUUCUAAUAAUGAGGGAAAAAUGUUGGGUUUUGAACCAUUGGUCAAUCAACGACUAUUACCUCCAUCAUUUCCACGUCACACAACAAUUUGCAACCGAUCUGAGGCAUUCCAAUAUCUUGGGGAACUUAUAAAGAGGCUGGAUAGAGCCAGCACAUGCAUAGAAAAUACAGCUCUUCCUCAACUGCUGGAUUUUUUUGAGAGCUUUAGCGAACUUCGUCCAUGUGUCUUCUCGAGAUCACUACUACAGAUAAUAUUCUGGAAUAACAACAAAGUUUUUGGGAAAACUUCGUUAUCCGAGGUGAUUCAACAAGCAAUAAAACAAUUUAACAGCCCUCCGUCCAUUGCUGAAAAAUCGCCGUUAAUGAACAAUCCGAAAGCCCAGCAAUUUGUGGAGAUCUUCCUAAAAAUGGCUGGGGGACCAAUCACGUCUUUAAUCCGCUGUAUGUGUCAUAACCGCGCACGGCAGCGAGACAAGCUGGGAUUUCUCUUGGAGGAUUUUUCUGUCUUGCAAGAAGAGGCCGACAAAAUUGACGCAGAUCUUCAUCAAAUGGUUAUCGCUGUUGAACCCAAGAGAGAGCAUUUUGCUUGUUUUGGAUCGUGGGUUUUGAACCGUACGUUGACGAUAAUGAUUCAGUAUUUAUCACUUGGAAUGGAAUUACAACUGUUCAGCGCUCAUGAAUAUCAUUAUUUAUUUUGGUAUUUGGAUUAUUUAUUCAACUGGCAAUCAACUUGUUUAUCAAGAGCAACGGAGUUACUCCAGUCACACGAAACAGCACUGGAGCAAAAAAGCGGGAAAAGUGGAAAGAAGAAUAAAAAGAAGAAACGAGCAAGCGGAAAGCAUAUUCAAGAACAUCAGGAAAUGAAGCAGUUCUAUCAAGGAAUGAGAAACCUGUGUUCUGGAUAUAUGAAAGCGCUGGAAGGAUUUCUUAUUUGUGGUAAGAUGUGUCAUCCUGCCGAACAGUUUGACAGCGAAAGGAUGAGAUUUGAACAUCGUUUCUUUCCAUUUCAAACUUUGGACACGCCACAACCUCGUCUGUUUACGCAAUAUCAAGAAACCCUGAGCAUAACUCUUUCACAUAUAACAAAGGAAACAGAUUUGUUCGGGAUGUCGGCAAGGAGUUUUCAACAGGCGAAAACAACCUUCGAAGGAUUAUCUAAUGCACCACAAAAGGUUGAUGAACUGUUAAAAGUAGCCAAGACAAAUUUUGUUGUUAUGAAGCUUGCAGCUGGCGGUCAUAAACACGACUCACAGAUGCCUCCAACGUUUGAUUUUUCUGUUCAUCGAUCAUACCCAACGAUACGACUAACAUGAUGUCGACAUGAACAUGCACAAGCCACAGAAC